CAGGCGCCAUGUCCGGCCGCGAAGGUGGCAAGAAGAAGCCCCUGAAGCAGCCCAAGAAACAGGCCAAGGAGAUGGACGAGGAAGAUAAGGCAUUCAAGCAGAAACAGAAGGAGGAGCAGAAGAAACUCGAGGAGCUAAAAGCAAAGGCCGCGGGGAAGGGUCUCCUGGCCACAGGUGGAAUUAAGAAAUCUGGCAAAAAGUAAGCUGUUCUUGUGCCCGAGGCAAUGAUGAUCCUUAAUUCCAUUCCUGUUUAAACAUCUGGAUUCCCUGUCAUAGCAUCUGUUGCUACCUAUAGCUGGAAUGAAGUGUUGUCUUAGAUCCUGUUGUACAUUUAAGAAUAAACUUUUGUAAAAAAAAAAAAAAUGAAAA